AUGCAACUGUUCAUAAUCUGCCUGCUGGCGGCCACCACGGCCGCAUUCACGAUGUUCGGCCCGCAUAUCAGCAUCGUGCCGGGCCAAAAGCCCAACGAGAUUGUGCUUCACUUCCGCAACCCCUGUAACAACAAGACCAGCACCACGACCUUGAGACCGCCAUCACCACCAUGUCCGGAUCAUCCAACCACGCCAGCCACUACUCCACACGACUGCGGACACGAGACCACGAAAACAAGUAGGGCCACCACUGCAAGGCCAACAUUGAAAACGACUAUUAGAACAACUUUCAGGCCAACUCAGCCAACAACCCCAAAGCCAACGACUCUUAAGCCCACAGGGGGAACUUCGGAGAAACCGACAACUCUGAAACCAACGGAGUCGACAACUGCUAGGCCAACGACUCUUAAGCCCACAGAAGGAACUUCGGAGAAACCGACAACUGUGAAUCCAACAGAGCCGACAACUGUGAACCCAACAACUCUUAAGCCCACAGAAGGAACUUCGGAGAAACCGACAACUCUGAAUCCAACAGAGCCGACAACUCUGAAGCCAACAACUCUUAAGCCCACAGAGGGAACUUCGGAGAAACCGACAACUCUGAAACCAUCGGAGCCGACAACUCUGAAGCCAACAACUCUUAAGCCCACAGAGGGAACUUCGGAAAAACCGACAACUCUGAAACCAACGGAGCCGACAACUGUAAAGCCAACAACUCUUAAACCCACAGAGGGAACUUCGGUGAAACCAACAACUCUGAUACCAACGGAGCCGACAACUAUUAAGCCAACAACUCUUAAGCCCACAGAGGGAACUUCGGUGAAACCGACAACUCUGAAACCGACGGGGCCGACAACUGUUAAGCCAACAACUCUUAAGCCCACAGAGGGAACUUCGGUGAAACCGACAACUCUAAGUCCAACAACUCUUAAGCCCACAGAGGGAACUUCGGUGAAACCGACAACUCUGAAACCAACGGAGCCGACAACUGUUAAGCCAACAACUCUUAAGCCCACAGAAGGAACUUCGGAAAAACCGACAACUCUGAAACCAACGGAGCCGACAACUGUGAAGCCAACAACUCUUAAGCCCACAGAGGGAACUUCGCCGACAACUGUUAAGCCAACAACUCUUAAGCCCACAGAGGGAACUUCGGAAAAACCGACAACUCUGAAACCAACAGAGCCGACAACUGUGAAGCCAACAACUCUUAAGCCCACAGAGGGAACUUCGGUGAAACCAACAUCUGUGAACCCAACAACUCUUAAGCCCACAGAGGAAACUUCGGAGAAACCGACAACUCUGAAUCCAACGGAGCCGACAACUCUGAAGCCAACAACUCUUAAGCCCACAGAGGGAACUUCGGUGAAACCGUCAACUCUGAAACCAACAACUCUUAAGCCCACAGAAGGAACUUCCGAAAAACCGACAACUCUGAAACCAACGGAGCCGACAACUGUUAAGCCAACAACUCUUAAGCCCACAGAGGGAACUUCGGAGAAACCGAACACUCUGAAUCCAACGGAGCCGACAACUCUGAAGCCAACAACUCUUAAGCCCACAGAGGGAACUUCGGAGAAACCGACAACUCUAAAUCCAACGGAGCCGACAACUCUGAAGCCAACAACUCUUAAGCCCACAGAGGGAACUUCGGAAAAACCGACAACUCUGAAACCAACGGAGCCGACAACUGUGAAGCCAACAACUCUUAAGCCCACAGAGGGAACUUCGGUAAAACCAACAUCUGUGAACCCAACAACUCUUAAGCCCACAGAGGGAACUUCGGAGAAACCGACAACUCUAAAAACAACGGAGCCGACAACUCUGAAGCCAACAACUCUUAAGCCCACAGAGGGAACUUCGGUGAAACCGACAACUCUGAAACCGACGGGGCCGACAACUGUUAAGCCAACAACUCUUAAGCCCACAGAGGGAACUUCGGAGAAGCCGACAACUCUUAAUCCAGCGGAGCCGACAACUGUGAAGCCAACAACUCUUAAGCCCACAGAUGGAACUUCGUCGACAACUGUUAAGCCAACAACUCUUAAGCCCACAGAGGGAACUUCGGAAAAACCUACAACUCUGAAACCAACGGAGCCGACAACUGUGAAGCCAACAACUCUUAAACCCACAGAGGGAACUUCGGUGAAACCAACAUCUGUGAACCCAACAACUCUUAAGCCCACAGACGGAACUUCGGAGAAACCGACAACUCUAAGUCCAACGGAGCCGACAACUCUAAAGCCAACAACUUUUAAGCCCACAGAGGGAACUUCGGAGAAACCGACAACUCUAAAUCCAACAACUCUUAAGCCCACAGAGGGAACUUCGGAAAAACCGACAACUCUGAUACCAACGGAGCCGACAACUAUUAAGCCAACAACUCUUAAGCCCACAGAGGGAACUUCGGUGAAACCGACAACUCUGAAACCGACGGGGCCGACAACUGUUAAGCCAACAACUCUUAAGCCCACAGAGGGAACUUCGGUGAAACCGACAACUCUAAAUCCAACAACUCUUAAGCCCGCAGAGGGAACUUCGGUGAAACCGACAACUCUGAAACCAACGGAGCCGACAACUGUUAAGCCAACAACUCUUAAGCCCACAGAAGGAACUUCGGAAAAACCGACAACUCUGAAACCAACGGAGCCGACAACUGUGAAGCCAACAACUCUUAAGCCCACAGAGGGAACUUCGGUGAAACCGACAACUCUAACUCCAACAACUCUUAAGCCCACUGAGGGAACUUCGGAGAAACCGACAACUCUAAAUCCAACGGAGCCGACAACUCUGAAGCCAACAACUCUUAAGCCCACAGAGGGAACUUCGGAGAAACCGACAACUCUAAAUCCAACGGAGCCGACAACUCUGAAGCCAACAACUCUUAAGCCCACUGAGGGAACUUCGGAAAAACCGACAACUCUGAUACCAACGGAGCCGACAACUGUUAAGCCAACAACUCUUAAGCCCACAGAGGGAACUUCGGAAAAACCGACAACUCUGAAACCAACAGAGCCGACAACUGUGAAGCCAACAACUCUUAAGCCCACAGAGGGAACUUCGGUGAAACCAACAUCUGUGAACCCAACAACUCUUAAGCCCACAGAGGAAACUUCGGAGAAACCGACAACUCUGAAUCCAACGGAGCCGACAACUCUGAAGCCAACAACUCUUAAGCCCACAGAGGGAACUUCGGUGAAACCGUCAACUCUGAAACCAACAACUCUUAAGCCCACAGAAGGAACUUCCGAAAAACCGACAACUCUGAAACCAACGGAGCCGACAACUGUUAAGCCAACAACUCUUAAGCCCACAGAGGGAACUUCGGAGAAACCGAACACUCUGAAUCCAACGGAGCCGACAACUCUGAAGCCAACAACUCUUAAGCCCACAGAGGGAACUUCGGAGAAACCGACAACUCUAAAUCCAACGGAGCCGACAACUCUGAAGCCAACAACUCUUAAGCCCACAGAGGGAACUUCGGAAAAACCGACAACUCUGAAACCAACGGAGCCGACAACUGUGAAGCCAACAACUCUUAAGCCCACAGAGGGAACUUCGGUAAAACCAACAUCUGUGAACCCAACAACUCUUAAGCCCACAGAGGGAACUUCGGAGGAACCGACAACUCUAAAAACAACGGAGCCGACAACUCUGAAGCCAACAACUCUUAAGCCCACAGAGGGAACUUCGCCGACAACUGUUAAGCCAACAACUCUUAAGCCCACAGAGGGAACUUCGGAGAAACCGACAACUCUGAAUCCAACGGAGCCGACAACUCUGAAGCCAACAACUCUUAAGCCCACAGAGGGAACUUCGGAGAAACCGACAACUCUGAAACCAACGGAGCCGACAACUGUGAAGCCAACAACUCUUAAGCCCACAGAGGGAACUUCGGAAAAACCGACAACUCUGAAUCCAACGGAGCCGACAACUCUGAAGCCAACAACUCUUAAGCCCACGGAGGGAACUUCGGAGAAACCGACAACUCUAAAUCCAACGGAGCCGACAACUCUAAAGCCAACAACUCUUAAGCCCACAGAGGGAACUUCGGAGAAACCGUCAACUCUGAAACCAACAACUCUUAAGCCCACAGAGGGAACUUCGGAAAAACCGACAACUCUGAAACCAACGGAGCCGUCAACUUCGAAACCAACAACUCUUAAGCCCACAGAGGGAACUUCGGAAAAACCGACAACUCUGAAACCAACGGAGCCGACAACUGUUAAGCCAACAACUCUUAAGCCCACAGAGGGAACUUCGGAGAAACCGACAACUCUGAAUCCAACGGAGCCGACAACUCUGAAGCCAACAAAUCUUAAGCCCACAGAGGAAACUUCGGAGAAACCGACAACUCUGAAACCAACGGAGCCGACAACUUUAAAGCCAACAACUCUUAAGCCCACAGAGGGAACUUCGGAAAAACCGACAACUCUGAAUCCAACGGAGCCGACAACUCUGAAGCCAACAACUCUUAAGCCCACGGAGGGAACUUCGGAGAAACCGACAACUCUAAGUCCAACGGAGCCGACAACUCUAAAGCCAACAACUCUUAAGCCCACAGAGGGAACUUCGGAGAAACCGACAACUCUGAAUCCAACGAAGCCGACUACUCCGAAGCCAACAACUCUUAAGCCCACAGAGGGAACUUCGGAGAAACCGACAACUCUGAAUCCAACGGAGCCGACAACUCUGAAGCCAACAACUCUUAAGCCCACAGAGGGAACUUCGGAGAAACCGACAACUCUGAAUCCAACGGAGCCGACAACUCUGAAGCCAACAACUCUUAAGCCCACAGAGGGAACUUCUGUGAAGCCAACAACUCUUAAGCCCACAGAGGGAACUUCGGAGAAACCGACAACUCUAAAUCCAACGGAGCCGUCAACUCUGAAACCAACAACUCUUAAGCCCACAGAGGGAACUUCGGAAAAACCGACAACUCUGAAACCAACGGAGCCGACAACUGUUAAGCCAACAACUCUUAAGCCCACAGAGGGAACUUCGGAGAAACCGACAACUCUGAAUCCAACGGAGCCGACAACUCUGAAGCCAACAACUCUUAAGCCCACAGAGGGAACAACUCUGAAACCAACAACUCUUAAGCCCACAGAAGGAACUUCGGAAAAACCGACAACUCUGAAACCAACGGAGCCGACAAAUGUUAAGCCAACAACUCUUAAGCCCACAGAGGGAACUUCGGAAAAACCGACAACUCUGAAACCAACGGAGCCGACAACUGUGAAGCCAACAACUCUUAAGCCCACAGAGGGAACUUCGGAGAAACCGACAACUCUAACUCCAACAUCUCUUAAGCCCACAGAGGGAACUUCGGAAAAACCGACAACUCUGAUACCAACGGAGCCGACAACUGUUAAGCCAACAACUCUUAAGCCCACAGAGGGAACUUCGGAAAAACCGACAACUCUGAAACCAACAGAGCCGACAACUGUGAAGCCAACAACUCUUAAGCCCACAGAGGGAACUUCGGAGAAACCGACAACUCUGAAUCCAACGAAGCCGACUACUCCGAAGCCAACAACUCUUAAGCCCACAGAGGGAACUUCGGAGAAACCGACAACUCUGAAUCCAACGGAGCCGACAACUCUGAAGCCAACAACUCUUAAGCCCACAGAGGGAACUUCGGAAAAACCGACAACUCUGAAACCAACGGAGCCGACAACUGUGGAGCCAACAACUCUUAAGCCCACAGAGGGAACUUCGGAGAAACCGACAACUCUGAAACCAACGACUCUAAAGCCCACAGAUGGAACUUCGGUGAAACCAACAACUCUUAAGCCCACAGAGGGAACUUCGGUGAAACCGUCAACUCUGAAACCAACAACUCUUAAGCCCACAGAAGGAACUUCGGAAAAACCGACAACUCUGAAACCAACGGAGCCGACAACUGUUAAGCCAACAACUCUUAAGCCCACAGAGGGAACUUCGGAAAAACCGACAACUCUGAAACCAACGGAGCCGACAUCUGUGAAGCCAACAACUCUUAAGCCCACAGAGGGAACUUCGGUGAAACCGUCAACUCUGAAACCAACAACUCUUAAGCCCACAGAAGGACCUUCGGAAAAACCGACAACUCUGAAACCAACGGAGCCGACAACUGUUAAGCCAACAACUCUUAAGCCCACAGAGGGAACUUCGGAAAAACCGACAACUCUGAAACCAACGGAGCCGACAUCUGUGAAGCCAACAACUCUUAAGCCCACAGAGGGAACUUCGGUGAAACCGUCAACUCUGAAACCAACAACUCUUAAGCCCACAGAAGGAACUUCGGAAAAACCGACAACUCUGAAACCAACGGAGCCGACAACUGUUAAGCCAACAACUCUUAAACCCACAGAGGGAACUUCGGUGAAACCGUCAACUCUGAAACCAACAACUCUUAAGCCCACAGAAGGACCUUCGGAAAAACCGACAACUCUGAAACCAACGGAGCCGACCACUCUGAAACCAACAACUCUUAAGCCCACAGAGGGAACUUCGGAGAAAUCGACAACUCUGAAUCCAAUGGAGCCGACCACUCUGAAGCCAACAACUCUUAAGCCCACAGAAGGAAGUUCGGAAAAACCGACAACUCUGAAACCAACGGAGCCUACCACUCUGAAACCAACAACUCUUAAGCCCACAGAGGGAACUUCGGAGAAACCGACAACUCUGAAUCCAAUGGAGCCGACAACUCUGAAGCCAACAACUCUUAAGCCCACAGAGGGAACUUCGGUGAAACCGUCAACUCUGAAACCAACAACUCUUAAGCCCACAGAAGGAACUUCGGAAAAACCGACAACUCUGAAACCAACGGAGCCGACAUCUGUGAAGCCAACAACUCUUAAGCCCACAGAGGGAACUUCGGUGAAACCGUCAACUCUGAACCCAACAACUCUUAAGCCCACAGAAGGAACUUCGGAGAAACCGACAACUCUGAAUCCAAUGGAGCCGACAACUCUGAAGCCAACAACUCUUAAGCCCACAGAGGGAACUUCGGUGAAACCGUCAACUCUGAAACCAACAACUCUUAAGCCCACAGAAGGCACUUCGGAAAAACCGACAACUCUGAAACCAACGGAGCCGACAACUGUUAAGCCAACAACUCUUAAGCCCACAGAGGGAACUUCGGAAAAACCGACAACUCUGAAACCAACGGAGCCGACAUCUGUGAAGCCAACAACUCUUAAGCCCACAGAGGGAACUUCGGUGAAACCGUCAACUCUGAAACCAACAACUCUUAAGCCCACAGAGGGAACUUCGGAAAAACCGACAACUCUGAAACCAACGGAGCCGACAUCUGUGAAGCCAACAACUCUUAAGCCCACAGAGGGAACUUCGGUGAAACCGUCAACUCUGAAACCAACAACUCUUAAGCCCACAGAAGGACCUUCGGAAAAACCGACAACUCUGAAACCAACGGAGCCGACAACUGUUAAGCCAACAACUCUUAAGCCCACAGAGGGAACUUCGCCGACAACUCUGAAGCCAACAACUCUUAAGCCCACAGAGGGAACUUCGGUGAAACCGUCAACUCUGAAACCAACAACUCUUAAGCCCACAGAAGGAACUUCGGAAAAACCGACAACUCUGAAACCAACGGAGCCGACAACUGUUAAGCCAACAACUCUUAAGCCCACAGAGGGAACUUCGGAAAAACCGACAACUCUGAAACCAACGGAGCCGACAUCUGUGAAGCCAACAACUCUUAAGCCCACAGAGGGAACUUCGGUGAAACCGUCAACUCUGAAACCAACAACUCCUAAGCCCACAGAAGGAACUUCGGAAAAACCGACAACUCUGAAACCAACGGAGCCGACAACUGUUAAGCCAACAACUUUUAAGCCCACAGAGGGAACUUCGGAAAAACCGACAACUCUGAAACCAACGAAGCCGACAUCUGUGAAGCCAACAACUCUUAAGCCCACAGAGGGAACUUCGGUGAAACCGUCAACUCUGAAACCAACAACUCUUAAGCCCACAGAAGGAACUUCGGAAAAACCGACAACUCUGAAACCAACGGAGCCGACAACUGUUAAGCCAACAACUCUUAAGCCCACAGAGGGAACUUCGGAAAAACCGACAACUCUGAAACCAACGGAGCCGACAUCUGUGAAGCCAACAACUCUUAAGCCCACAGAGGGAACUUCGGUGAAACCGUCAACUCUGAAACCAACAACUCCUAAGCCCACAGAAGGAACUUCGGAAAAACCGACAACUCUGAAACCAACGGAGCCGACCACUCUGAAACCAACGACUCUUAAGCCCACAGAUGGAACUUCGGUGAAACCGACAACUGUGAACCCAACAACUCUUAAGCCCACAGAGGGAACUUCGGAGAAACCGACAACUCUAAAAACAACGGAGCCGACAACUCUGAAGCCAACAACUCUUAAGCCCACAGAGGGAACUUCGGUGAAACCGUCAACUCUGAAACCAACAACUCUUAAGCCCACAGAGGGAACUUCGGAAAAACCGACAACUCUGAAACCAACGGAGCCGACCACUCUGAAACCAACGACUCUUAAGCCCACAGAUGGAACUUCGCCGACCACUCUGAAACCAACAACUCUUAAGCCCACAGAGGGAACUUCGGAGAAACCGACAACUCUGAAUCCAAUGGAGCCGACAACUCUGAAGCCAACAACUCUUAAGCCCACAGAAGGAAGUUCGGAAAAACCGACAACUCUGAAACCAACGGAGCCGACCACUCUGAAACCAACAACUCUUAAGCCCACAGAGGGAACUUCGGAGAAACCGACAACUCUGAAUCCAAUGGAGCCGACAACUCUGAAGCCAACAACUCUUAAGCCCACAGAGGGAACUUCGGUGAAACCGUCAACUCUGAAACCAACAACUCUUAAGCCCACAGAAGGAACUUCGGAAAAACCGACAACUCUGAAACCAACGGAGCCGACAUCUGUGAAGCCAACAACUCUUAAGCCCACAGAGGGAACUUCGGGAACUUCAAUGAAACCGUCAACUCUGAAACCAACAACUCUUAAGCCCACAGAAGGAACUUCGGAAAAACCGACAACUCUGAAACCAACGGAGCCGACAACUCUGAAGCCAACAACUCUUAAGCCCACAGAGGGAACUUCGGUGAAACCGUCAACUCUGAAACCAACAACUCUUAAGCCCACAGAAGGAACUUCGGAAAAACCGACAACUCUGAAACCAAAGGAGCCGACAACUGUUAAGCCAACAACUCUUAAGCCCACAGAGGGAACUUCGGAAAAACCGACAACUCUGAAACCAACGGAGCCGACAACUGUGAAGCCAACAACUCUUAAGCCCACUUCGGGAACUUCGGAGAAACCGACAACUCUGAAUCCAACGGAGCCGACAACUCUGAAGCCAACAACCCUUAAGCCCACAGAGGGAACUUCGGAAAAACCGACCACUCUGCAACCAACGGAGCCGACAACCGUUAAGCCAACAACUCUUAAGCCCACAGAGGGAACUACGGUGAAACCGUCAACUCUGAAACCAACAACUCUUAAGCCCACGGAAGCAACUUCGGAAAAACCGACAACUCUGAAACCAACGGAACCGACAACUGUUAAGCCAACAACUCUUAAGCCCACAGAGAGAACUACGGUGAAACCGUCAACUCUGAAACCAACAACUCUUAAGCCCACGGAAGGAACUUCGGAAAAACCGACAACUCUGAAACCAACGGAGUCGACAACUGUUAAGCCAACAACUGUUAAGCCCACAGAGGGAACUUCGGAGAAACCGACAACUCUGAAGCCAACAACUCUUAAUCCCACAGAGGGAACUUCGGUGAAACCGUCAACUCUGAAACCAACAACUCUUAAGCCCACAGAAGGAACUUCGGAAAAACCGACAACUCUGAAACCAACGGAGCCGACAUCUGUGAAGCCAACAACUCUUAAGCCCACAGAGGGAACUUCGCCGACAACUCUGAAGCCAACAACUCUUAAGCCCACAGAGGGAACUUCAAUGAAACCGUCAACUCUGAAACCAACAACUCUUAAGCCCACAGAAGGAACUUCGGAAAAACCGACAACUCUGAAACCAACGGAGCCGACAACCCUGAAGCCAACAACUCUUAAGCCCACAGAGGGAACUUCGGUGAAACCGUCAACUCUGAAACCAACAACUCUUAAGCCCACAGAAGGAACUUCGGAAAAACCGACAACUCUGAAACCAAAGGAGCCGACAACUGUUAAGCCAACAACUCUUAAGCCCACAGAGGGAACUUCGGAAAAACCGACAACUCUGAAACCAACGGAGCCGACAACUGUGAAGCCAACAACUCUUAAGCCCACUUCGGGAACUUCGGAGAAACCGACAACUCUGAAUCCAACGGAGCCGACAACUCUGAAGCCAACAACCCUUAAGCCCACAGAGGGAACUUCGGAAAAACCGACCACUCUGCAACCAACGGAGCCGACAACCGUUAAGCCAACAACUCUUAAGCCCACAGAGGGAACUACGCCGACCACUCUGAAACCAUCUAAGCCAACAACGACCGCUAAGCCAACACCCGAGGAUCCUUCCACUACGACAGCAUCUCUGCCUCCGUUCAAUAUUUUUGAUAUGGUUUCUGGAGCACUAUUAACAACCGUGUCCGUUUAAUUUAAUCAGG